AUGGCAGCCAUCACCGACCCGUCUGCCAUAGCCAAAUCUCGUAUAGCGGCCGUGGCGAGCAUGAAACGCGAGGUGGAACACUUUACGAAUAUUAAAAAGCUCCUUGAGGAAGCACAGGACCAAUUCUGCGAAUUAAUAUGCGACGAUGAUGACGUUGGAGUCGCCUAUCUAACACUGGAAGAGGCUCAGGACCUCGUCCUGAAUGGCAAGGCAACAAAGGAAAGCCACAUAGACGAAGAAGAAGCUGUGCUCGUGGAACUUUUUGCCGCCGACGAUGUCAGUCGCACGACUAAAGCGGAAAUAUAUGCUUGCCCAUGGUUACAGCGGGAAUCAGAAUGA